GGUAAUGUCUACAACUAUUAAGGACUCUGACUUGCGCACUCAUCUACGCCACCAAGUGUAAAACAAAAACAAAAACAGGUCCGACGUCCCAAACGAGUCGCGUCAUUAUUGGAUUCUUUAGUCGAUUUAGAGCGAGUUUGUAACCGCACUCCGACAGGUAGGAACCAGUUUCGUCGGAAAACCUGAAGGGACACUAUGGCACGAGGAAAGAACGCUGAACCAACCACAUCUUGUUUGCCCGAGUGGCCCCAGAGUUUUGCCAAAUGGAAUACCUACCAUCCCAAAAUAUCAAUAUCGUCAUGGAUUAAUAAACUUACUAUAAGGAUCCACCGUGACAUCGUGGGAGCAUUCGUCAUUUCCACUGUCUAUUUGCUCUUCACGUUCAGCGUUAGCAAACAUUGGUGCGCGGACAUACCUCCCAGCGUAUGGAUACUCGAUAGCAUCGGAUUUGAUGUUCGAAAUCUCGCCGGCCGAACCAGUGGACUGAUGGGCGUAAGCGUUUCUGUCUUCGUGGUCGUAAGCAUCAGAUGAUUGCUCAACGCGAACGUAUC